AUGUCUCCAGACCUAAAGCCUAUUGAGCAUCUGUGGGACGUCCUCAAACAGAAGGCGGAGGAGCCCAAGGUCUCCAACAUCCACCAGCUCCGUGUACUGCGUGCCUAUUGGUGGGAUGUUGGUGAGGCAGCCGGUGUCGGUGGGGGCAGCGGCAGCACCUACAUCUACGGCUUCAUGGACUCCAACUACAAACCGGGACUGAGCAAAGACCAGUGUCUGGAGCUCACUGCUGCAGCUCUGUCUCUGGCGGGAGAGAGACGGCUCCAGCGGCGGCGUGGUCAGAUGGCGAGCAUCUCAGAGGAGGGAGUGGAGAGACGAGUCAUACUGGGAAACCAGCUGCCCAAAUAUCCACACACUAAACACGUUAAUGUCCAUUUUGUUGUGAUAAUAAAGGUUUCAGUCUGUCCCUGUCCUGUCCUUCUUAAACAGACUUCUACAGUUCUGUGGGUCCAGGAUUAG